UCCACUCUCUCCAUUCCUAAUCCAUUUCAUCUCCCUCGCUAUAAAACUCCAUAUAUAAACUAACCACCUCCAAGCUUCUCUCUCUCGCUCACAAUCUCUCUCUCUCUCACACACACACACAUCUCUCGAUCGCUUGGACGAGGCAGCGAGCGAGCCAUGGAGACCGAGCCGUCGACGCCGAUGACGCAGUCGUCCUACUUCGCCGGCUGCAUGGGCUCGCCGGCGUGGCUGCCGGCGGUGCAGAGGAGCCCCGCGCGGUUCCACCUCCUCUCGCGCGACGCCGCCGCCGGCCGCGACGACGGCGGCCGGCGAGCGUGGAGCCGGCUGCUGAGGAGGCUGGUGCGGGAGAGCAGGAGCUUCUGCAGCCUCGGCAGCAGGCACGGCGGCGCCAUGGCCGCCGCCACCACCACCUUCCACUACGACGCCGCCAGCUACGCCAAGAACUUCGACGACGGCCGACGCGCCCACUACGCCGCCUCCGCCCAAGCGCCGCCGCCGGUCGCCGGAGCUAGCUAGCUAGAGGGUUUCUUGAUCUUUUCUUUUCCUUUUUUUGUUUCUUUUUUCCUUCUUUUUUAUUUGGUGGUUCGCUUGUAGCUAUUAAUUAGCUCUGUUCUUGAAAUGGUAGUUGAAGUGUUGAUUUUCGUGGAUGACUUCACCAGAAUCUUUGCAGGUACAGAGGAGAUAUAUGGAUUCUCCUUGAUUUGUUGCUA